UUCUUUUUUCCAUUUACCCUAUAAAGGUCGAAGUGAGUUUAAUUCUCAUAACACUAUCCUCCAAAAGGUGUAACCAUAAAUAGAAUGCAUGAGAAAACAUUGGUUGAGAAAUUUAGCUAUCUUUCAGGGUUUGUUUUCGUUCUAAUAUGAGUAACAUGUUCGUGCUCACUCAUUUCUAUGGUUCAAAUUAGUUAAACCGUUGAAAACAAUGUCUUAUUGGAGCCUCCACCUUGUUUCUAGGAACUUUUGUAAACUAUAAAUAAUAAGGCUUCCUCUGUUUUUUCUCACCUCACUAUUUUUUCUGCACUCUGUUUCUCAAUCCAAGCAAGGACGAUGGAAGAGCCGCAAUCGAAGCCCGAAACUGUCCCUUCUUCGGCUUUGGUUGUGGCUGAGGAGGCUCCGGUUGCGGCUGAGGUGGCUCCGGUUGCGGCUGAGGUGGCUCCGGUUGUGGAUGAAGUGCCCUCCAACGAUGCCGUUGCAAAGGAAGCUUCUGGAGCAGAGGAGUCCAAAGAUACCCUUGUUAAACCCGAGAAUACAGAAGUUCCUGAAAAAAAACAAAGCUCGAGAGGAUCUCUUGAUAGAGAUAUCGCUCUGGCUGAAGUAGUGAAAGGGAAAAAGUUGUCCUAUGUGAAGGCAUGGGAAGAGAGUGAAAAGGCCAAAGCAGACAACAGAGCUGAAAAACAUUUCUCAGCAAUUGCUGCUUGGGAAAGCAAAAAGAAGGCAGCUCUUGAAGCUGAGUUGAAAAAAAUAGAGGAACAAUUGGAGAAAAAGAAAGCACAGCAAGCUGAAAAGAUGAAAAACAAGAUGGCUUUAGUUCACAAGGAAGCAGAGGAGAAGAGGGCAAUAGUUGAAGCCAAGCGUGGAGAAGAGAUUCUGAAGACAGAAGAAAUGGCUGCAAGAUACCGUGCAUUAGGAACCACUCCAAAGAAGACCUUAGGCUGCUUUUAAUUUAUCUUUUUGCCUUUUGGUCUGACGAAAUUUGUAAUAGUUUCACCUCUCUUGUUCUCAAGGUUGUCUAUGUGCAAUGAUUCUUCCAAAGAAAAAAAAAACAAAGUUUUGUAAAUGCCUCUUGUUUUUAUCAUCUUGCUUGGGGUGAAAUGUUCAAUGUAAUGCUGUUUUUCU